AAUGGAGUAUUGUGAUUCCUGCAGGACAGUGUUGAAUGAGAGACUUUUAUUGGAGGAGUAAUUGGCCAGACUUCAGAAUGAGUUGGAAAUAGUUGCGACACAAUUGAAGUUGUUGAGGGAGGAGAAUGAAUUAUUAAAGAGUAACAUAAAAGUGCCUAAUAAAUAAAGACGCAAAAACAAUAGGACGAAGGCCGAGCUUGAUUAAUGCUAAAAGGAGAUUUAGAAAUUGCAAGUGAUAAUCUAGCACAAAGAUCUGAUUAUCCAGAGCCAAGUACGAUGUGAUAUAAUUAGUGAAAGCUCAAUUAUAGAUAUGGACUCAGUGAAGAAGAAGGUGAAUCUUUGAAUAUAAAAAAUGUAUAUAUGUCAUAUACUAAUUUCAAUGUUAGAGAGUUUUAUGGAGUUUAACAUGUGGAGUUCGAUUUUCUUGUUCAAUUCAAUAGUGAUAAUGAAGUAAUGUGGUUAUUUAAAAUUAGA